UUUUCAAAAAUGUACACGCACACUACGUUAGUUGGAUGCUUUUAUUUUGAAAGUUUCCAUGUUGGGUUCUCGUGAAGCAGGUCAAACUGCUUCUAGAGGGAACCAGGUUUCGUCAAUCAGUCUGUCUGUCUGUGACAUUUAAAUGCUGUUUGUUCUCCUCUGCAAUGAGAGGGAGGGGGGAAAAAAAACCCCCAGCUCAUUUGGUCCUUUUCUGGCUGCUGACAAACUGGAUCAGUGUGAUGUGAAUUCAUUCAGUCAUUAGUGACGUCAUCCACAGGAGUGGUUUCAAGGUCCUCCCCUUCCACUCCACCUGUUGUCUCACCUGAAGAGCAACAUUAAAGUAUUGCAGCCUGACAGCAGCACCAUGGGAGGUUUCUAUUCCACUGAAACUAUAGCAAGAGUUUUCUCCUAUGAGAGUUCAGAAGUGGACUGGUGUGAAGACAACUACAAGCACUCACAGCUCAUAGUGGAGUACUUCAACACGAUGAGCAGCUUUAUUUUUUUCAUCAUAGCUCCUGUCAUGCUUUACCUUCUGCACCCUUAUGCUAAAGCUCGGAACCUGGCAAUCCACAUGGUUUGGGUCAUGAUGAUAUUUGUAGGUAUCUUCUCCGCAUACUUCCACAUGACUCUUAGUUUCGUUGGCCAGAUGCUGGAUGAGCUGUCAAUUGUGUGGGUGUUGGCGGUGGGAUAUGCUCUGUGGUUCCCCCGCAAGCUCUUCCCUUCUUUCAUAAAGGACAGGUCUACGUUUUCCAGACUAGUCAUGGCGAUUACAAUCAUCACUUCACUCUCAUCGUUUGUCAAACCAACGGCCAAUUCCUACGCUCUAAACUGCUUUGGCCUCCACCUGCUUUACAUUCUGGCUGGCGAGAUGAGAUGCUGCACUGACCAGAAGGCUCUCCAGCUGGCCAAACUGUCAGUGGGUUUGUGGGUGUUGGCCAUCACCUGCUGGAUUAGCGACCGUUUUGGCUGCAGUUUCUGGCAGAGUCUAAACUUUUGCUAUCUGCAUGGAAUCUGGCACAUCCUGAUCGUGAUAGCUGUGGCAUACGGCAGCACCCUGAUAGCUUACCUGGAUGCCAGUUAUGAGAUACCCUAUUCAUUGCCUGGACUGAAGUACUGGCCUUCUGAUAAGUGGGUUAUUGGAUUGCCUCAUAUUGUUCUGAACCGCAGUCCGAAGACAGAGAAGGAAUGCUAAUGAAGAUUUUUAUGCCAAAGUUUGGGGAAAGAAUGCAAUGAGACUUGAGUACUUGCAAAGGUUUUCAGCACCAUUGAGUUUAGAUAAAUAUUUGUUAUUUUCUGCUUCAGUGGGUCAGCAUAACAUCUAAUUUGAAAAGUCUAAAGAUCAUUAUUAUAAUGAAAUUCUAUUUUUUUUUACAUUAAUGAGACAUACUCAACUGUCAU